CCCCAAGGCCUUGGCCGCUCAGACGAGAAAGGCUUCCCGGGCUCAUAUCGAAACCUUGGUCGUUUGUUCUCCGGGCCCUGGAGCCCUUCUGGCAGAAGGGGAGCGACUGGGAGUCUCCACUGCCCCGCCGCCCUCCCGCAGCAUGAGAACCCUGCAGACACAGCGGCUAGAAGUACUGAGCGCCUACCAGUACGUGCUCACUUUCCUCUUCAUGGGCCCUUUCUUUUCCCUUCUUCUCUUCUUCCUCCUCUUCACGCCGCUCUGGUGUUUCUCUGUUCUCUACUUGGUAUGGUUAUUCCUGGACCGGGACACACCCCAGCAAAGCGGAAGGCGUUCCGAGUGGCUAAGGAACUGGACUGUUUGGAAACACCUAAGGGAUUAUUAUCCCAUUAGGCUGGUGAAAACAGUAGAGUUGGCCCCCGACCCGAACUACGGGCUGGUCUCUCACCCACGUGGGAUCAUGAUCAUCGGAACCUUUUGUAAUUUCUCCACUGAGAGCACCGGCUUCUCCCGGCAGCUCCACGGGCUUCGGCCCCCGACAACCGCCCUCUUCUAG